UUCCACUUUACCCUCGUCGCCCAACACCCAACUCACUCAACAAGACUUGGUUCAUUCACUCCUCACACUCCACACACACUCCUCCCCACUGUGCCUGACAUGAACACAUCGACACCAACACCGACACCAACGCCAACAAGCUGACCAGACAAGACCAGCCCAGCCCACCACCACCACCGCCACUACCGUCUGUCUCCCUGUGCAAGGGACUCGGGCCUUCCCACCACCACCACCGCCGUGUCCGGCCGGCCCACCCUCUCGGGACACUCUACCGGUUCCCACUUGUUACUCGUCCAGGCUGCCCAGCCCCGACCGACUUCCGAAGUCCAAAAAUCCACGAGGCCGCUGGUAGUCUGUACACGCCGUCGCCUCAGAGUCCGUGCAGCCAAAGAAGCUCACUUGGCUUGCUGCCAGUCGUCAUCGUACCUAUCCGCCCGCCCUUUACCUUAUCCUCUCCCUUAGGACCGGCGCCAUCGCGCCCGUUUCUGUCGGCUCACUGAAACCCCCUCGCCCGCGCGCCCGCGCCCGCGCCCGCUUCCCUUCCUCUCACACUCCCGCACAGUCACCGUCCCUUCUCAACCCGCGGUCCCGUCCCGACUCGACUCGACUCGACUCGACACACUCCCAGAGCCAUGUCAUCGAGGGAUCCCAAGCCCCUGCACCCUGACUCCGGAGCCGCACCUUCAAUUCACGUCGAUCCAAAGGCCCAGAACCAUGCCUUCUCCUCUCAACCUCAACUAUCUGCCUUUGGAACCGACUCCCGCUCCUUGACCCCCUCGCAUUCGCCAGCAGACGCCGCCGCCCAUGAAUUUAAACUUCGAAACAGCCGCAAUGCCAUGCUGAACUCUGACAUUGGCUCGAUCCAUUUCCCCUCAGAACCCUACGACCCUUCUGCCUUCUCCGUGCAAAACCUCGCGCCGACGAGUCUACCAGAAAAUCCGUCAAAAUCCCUCCCUCCCUUUCCAACUGUGAACCUGCCCUCCGGAGACUCGGGCCCACCACCGGUCGACUCGGAUUUUCAACAUCAGCCCGACCAUCCAUCCUCCUCCGGUUCCACCAACCCACUUCGAAUACAUACAGACCUCCACUCAAAUUCAGUGCCCAGAACUGACGUCUCCCACGGUGCCUCGUCAACCCACCGCGGCCCGGAGCGGUCGAACCCGCCUACCUUCGUACCCUUGCCUCGCAAGUCGUCUCCGCCCGGCCUCAAACCAGUAUCGCGGACUCCCAGCUUCAAGUCUGCCGCCUUCGGCCGCGGCUUUGGCUCUGCCACCAGCUCUAGAGUCUCGAGCCCUGUUAUAACCGCUAUGGGCGAUCUGACACCUCUGCCGUCCCCACUGCUCUCUGGCGACUCACCUGGACCUUGGAAGCGUCUCAACGCCCGACCACCUUCGAGGGAACUCGCCCAGCCGGCGCCUACCACAAUGCCCGAAUCAGUGCUCGUGUCGAAAAAUGGCGAAUCAAUAGCUGCCGCCAUGGCACACCAGGCCCAGCGAAAGGCUCUUUCGGGCGCAGAGAAGAUUUCGGGGGAGGACUCGGCUAGUAGCUCGGAGAAAGAUGCCCCGGCCAAGGCCAAAAUACACACGCGCAACAGGAGCGUGAGCGAAUACCACCCGGACUCACUAAACAUUCCAAAGCGCAUGGUGACCGUCUCCGGAUCGCAUGUGGCCAAGCCAAACAACACGCCCAUGCGACGGGAAGCCAAUCUUUCAGAGGUUCGAGGUUUGACGCCAAUAGAAAAGCCCCCGAGUCCGCCGCCGAGCGAAUGCUCAGUCACAGCUGCAGAUAUCUCCGCGACGCCUGUCAAGGAAAGUACGCGAUACGAGUACUUCGACGCCCAAGGGCGCAAAGACGGCAAGCUCCGGAGAUGGAGGGCUGUCAAGUCAUUAGGCCAAGGCACGUUCAGUCGAGUUGUACUGGCGACUAGUCAAUUGGCCCCAACAGAGGAGGAAGUCGAGCUGGAAAGCAGGGCAGACACCGGCCUUAUGACCCCUGAGCCACCCUCAAGUCUUGAUCGAAAGUCACUUGUUGCUGUCAAAGUCUGUGAGCACGGCCCGAAAGGAGGGGCCUCCGAAGACCGAGUCGAAAUGAGCUUGAAGCGUGAAUUGGAGAUCAUGCAGAGCAUACAUCACCCGUGCCUUGUGGAUCUGAAAGCAUUCAGCAUCGAGCCAACCCGAGCGAUCCUGGUCCUCAGCUAUUGUAUUGGUGGCGAUCUGUUCGACGUAGCAACACGGCACCGAUCACUACUUGUACCCUCGCUCCUGCGACGCAUCUUCUCCGAGCUUGUCGGUGCGGUCCGUUACCUGCACGAGAGACACAUCGUGCACCGUGACAUCAAGCUCGAGAAUGUGCUUGUCAACCUCACCCCGCAAGAGCUCUCGGACCGGACCGUCGACUGGCAGCACUACCCGUACAGUGUGAUUACUCUGACCGACCUCGGCUUGUCACGGAGAGUUGCAGAUGACGAAAAGCUCACAACCCGUUGCGGCAGCGAAGACUAUGCCGCCCCCGAGGUCAUAAUGGGCCUACAAUACAACGGUCACGCGACUGAUGCCUGGUCACUGGGCGUGCUUCUCUACGCCCUGCUCGAGAGCAGAUUACCUUUCGACCCACCUCCAGGAAUGAGUGACGCGCUUCGCAUGCGCAGUCGUACAAGUCACCGGAUCGCCCGUGUGGAGUGGCAAUGGAUCAGGUAUGCCGGGCCUGACGGUGACCACGAGGGCGAUAUUCAGGCGUUUGAUAAGGAAGGACUGCUGGGAGCGAUGGAGGUCACAGAGGGCCUACUACAACGAUCCCGGAGCCGAUGGUCGCUCGAGAAAGUGGCCGAGAUGCCGUGGGUGAAGGCAGGCAUCGCUGUCGAGGGCGGCAUCAAGUUCAGGGAAGAGAAGGAGGGCAAGAUUGUAUGACAUUUGUGAGGAGAUGAGUCCUCAUCUGUCGUAUGGUGGAACGGAGGCCAUCGAGGCAUCGAAUCCGACCUCCCCCCCUGGAUCGCUUCCGCAAAGGGCCAUGGCGUUUGAAUACAGAUAUCCAUUGCUCUACGCGGGACGAAGGCUCGACAAUUUCUACGACGGACAGCACAAGAGAAGGGUAGGAGUCAGAACAGAGUUUGCAGGAAGAGAGGAGCAGGGACUGGCCAAGCUUACCCACCUUCGUUUCUCCCAAGACGUGUUGCUUCUUAGAACCUUUUUUUGAAUUAGAAAGUCAGAAUAGGGGGAAAGUUGCCUAUCUAAAAAAAGAAAAAAAAAAUAUCGAGAUGCCUCAACGAAGGUCUUCUGCGUGUAUCAGAUAAUUGUUUUGCUUCAUGUGGUUUUUCUACAACUUCUGUACACUUUGGAUCAGGAAAUGGGAAGGGAAAAUCGGUGUUCUUGAUCGGGCCAAGCGAUGGUGUCGGCGUCUUUGAUGCUCAGUCAGCUCAAUUUCAUUCUUUUUGAGGUGUC